AUGGAGGGUGGUAAGCAGAUAGGAUCUCACGCUUGCACGGUGUGCAAAAACGUCGUCGAGGGAAGCGCGCAUAGUCGCGCGUUACCACGUAGUCAAGCAUCGCAGUACGGCCUACGGGAAGAUCAAGUACCUCCUGGUGCGCGUGUCUGCAACACUUGCCGCUGCAAGGCCGUCCGAGGACGUUAUACCGCCUGCCCGCUACCGGGCUGUCCGAAUCUGAGCAGCUCUAAAUCGAGAGUGAAACGGUUAAGAGCGUUGCCUUCCAAGUGGCUUGACUUGCCACCGGAAAUUCGGGAGCCAAUCGCUCAAGAAUUUCGUGAAAAUACCAAACAGCGCGACGAAAUGUUGCUCGGCUUGCUUCAGUCGCAUAUCGCGCCGUUUGGCGCCGCAUCUCGCCGGUGGUACCGAAGUAUCCGAGGAUGGCACCGAUGCUUUAUCGCGUCAGUGGACAGACGAGGAGCUCGAACAACUCCGCAGGGCACUUCGGGAACAUCCGAACAGAUACCCGGCAAAACAAAUCAUCAGUGCAAAAACUAUUAUUUUGCUUACCGAAAGAAACUGAGCCUCGAUCAGGUAGUUGCCGAAUACUAUGCCUCAUUAGGGGAAGAACGAAGACCGUGUUUAACUGACGAGGAAGAAAGUGGCAGUAGUACUAGUAGUUGUGAUGAGCUAGCUGUUCAUGAUUCAAGUGAUACAGCCAGCGCAGGAAGUCCGGCAACGACUAUGACAAGCAGUAAUGUAGCAUCGAGUGGUACUGCGGCGACAUCGUCGUCAUUAUCGAUGUCUUUCCGAUCCAGCGAGCAAAAACUCGGCGAGAAACUCUCGGAUAUAGCCGUAGUAUCACUUGUACCGCCCGGAUCAUCUCAACAGUCUUCCAGCAGUGGAACUACUACUGUUACUUCAGGUGGCAGGGAAGAUUACGACAGUUCUGCCACGGAGACAGCGGACGAAGGUCAGGGAGGUACUGACAUGGAUAAUAGCAGUGUCGUGGUGACACUGACAACCUCCAACAGUAAUACAACAGCGUUGCAACAACAUCCGCAACCACCACCGAUUGUUCAUUCACCACCUUCAACAACGAGUAAUUCCAAUCCACUCACUGUCAAGGAUCUCAUGCUUGGAGUCAUCGAGAUGCAAUUAAAACGUACUCCCAACAGUCCAGCCGACGGUGGUGGCUCGUCAGCACCCAAUAGUUCUGGCACUCCGACGAUAUCUAGUAUUUUGAAGACAGAUCAUCGUAAUGACAUAACAUAUGUUCGUGGCUACAAAUCGUCGUCAAAUAUAGCAAAUACUACAUUGUCUAAUAGAGGAGAUACAAAUCUAGCCACGCUCUCCGUUGUUUCGGGACCUCAUCAUGCUCAUCGUUCUGCUCCAAGUCCACAACCAAUUGGUCAAAUGCAAGCUACUAUCACUCCUUGCCCACCAGCAGUACCGAGUAAUCAAACUUCAUCUUCGGACUUGCUGCCUAAGGAAGGUUUGGUUGUCAUGCAAGUGCAACAAGCAUUGCGAGAAACGGAAGGAACGUUGGAUUUGAGUAUCAAAAAACCAAGAUUACAACAAGAUUACAAUCAUUCAAUGCAGCUUCACAAGCCACCGACAGUUACGCUUUAUCGGCCGGAACCGCCGGGCGCGUAUUAUCAUCCUCACGCCCCUCAUCCCGAACAAGGUCGUGGCGCGAAAAGUCCAUUGAUUUAUGCUUCGUCACCGCGACCACAAGCACCUAUUACACCUAAGAUGAACAAAGUCACCGUACCACCACCUCAUCCCAAGCUAUCUCCAAAAUUAAGUACUAUAGCCACGCCGGGUCACAAAGGUGGUUCCAUCACGCAUGGCACGCCUGUAUCCACAGCGCGUUACGAAGGUUUGUUGCGCCAAAUGACGCCACCUGGUAAUCCAACGGUUACUGGUGCUGUUCCGAACGCUAGUGAACGAGGCGGUGGCGGCAGUGGCGGCGGUGGCGCCAUUAAUGCCGGUUCCGCUGUACCAGGGACUCCGAAAGAUACAGGUGGUUCAAUUACACAAGGUACACCGGUGCUUCCGUUCGCGGUAGACAAACGCGGCACGCCUAUAUAUGAUUAUCAUCGUACCAUCCGACAUUCGCCUGUAACGGGCGGUGGCAAUGUUCCACCCCCACCGCCGGGACAGGGUCCUACAAGUCAGACAGCAUCGCCAGCCGUGGUAGUGAGUCAUGGUGGCAGUCAGUACAACUCUUAUUCUGCUGCCGGGCGGCCGCCGCCCAGUUAUUCGAUGGAGCAACAAUUAUCCAGCCGACAGAUCAUCAUGAAUGACUACAUUACAAGUCAGCAGAUGCAUGCGCGUGCUCGUGGUAGCAGUAGCACUGGUGCAUCUGUUGCUGCUGAGACGACCGGUAAGAGCGAACCGCCACCGCCACCGUCGUCUACUCUCUACUAUACUGGUACGCCUCCUCCAUCACAAACACAUACGCAACCGCGGCAAGGUGUUAUCCAGAGGCACAAUCCGCAGAAGCAAAUGCACUAUCCACCACCACCACCUGGCCUGGAGGCGUUCUCCAGUUUAGUGGAUGUGGCAGUACAACAACCCAGUCUUCCGGUACCACAUCCGCAUGGGCAUCCAGCUGCAUCUGGUAGUGGUGGUCAUGAGGGUCUCGGUAAAACGAUGGCAGAUCGCCUGUUAGCUGAUCGUUAUGACAAUAACCGCGCGUUUCGCGAGCAAGAGAUACGGCUACAGGAACAUCGUAUGGCGGCAAUGCAGGCUGCAGAACACAGACUAGCAGUGGCUGCAGCGGUGCAGCAGCAUCAUCAUCGUGAUCGAGAUAGAGAACGCGACCUCGUUCAUCUACGGGAAAAGGAGGAACAUCGUUUGCAUCGUGAAAAAGAAUUGCAACAACUAGAGCACCGUCUUGCAGUCCAGCAGCACCAUCAACAACGUGAAAAAGAUCUCCAGCAGCAAGAGCACCGUCUCGUGCAGCAGCGAGAGAAGGACAUGCACGUCGAGCACGCUCGUUUGUCUGUGCAGCAAGCACGGGAAAAAGAUAUACAACACGAACAUCGACUUAGCGUACAUCAACAGCGAGAAAAGGAGAUACAUCAAAAAAUGGUGGCAGCUGCCGCACAACGUGAGAUUGAGCAUGAGCAUCGACUUGCUGUACAACAACAACAACAACGCGAGAAGGAGAUGCAACAACAGGAGCGGCUUGCCAUUCAGCAACACGAAAAAGACGUUGAACGUCGCCUGGCUAUGCAGCAUCGCGAAAGGGAUCUGGCGCAUCUUCAUCAACAACAACAACAACAACAACAACAGAUCCAGCAGCAUAUUCAGCAACAACGUAUAGAGGCCGAGAGAAGACACAUUGCGCAACUAUACAGAGAUCAACAGCAAAUUGAUAGAGAUUCGUCGAGAUUAGCAAGCCUCGGAUUUUCCUCGCAACCUUCCAGGCUUCAACAAUCUCAACAGUCUCAACAGCAGCAGCAGCAAUCAUCGACGUCAUCGUCAUCUUCGCGACAAAGUCAAUCUUCCAGUCAGCAGAAUGACUCGUCGACUCUUACAGCCGCCAGUUUAAUUGACGCUAUCAUCACCCAUCAGAUCAAUCAGAGUGUCGAGAAUCCCGGUGCAAGCGGAUCGUCAGUCAAUCAGCCAGCACGUGCUGGCGAUCGUCUUUUUCAGGGAUUUCAUCGCGAAAAUCAGCAAGAACCUAAUGGCAUAGUUCACAGUCCUGCUGGUGAAGGCAGCGGUGGUGGAAAUGGUGGAAGCGGUAACGGAAGUGGCGGCAAUAAAGCAAUUACUCUCGGCGAGCAUGUUGAUCAUAUUGUCUCUAAAGAUUAUGGCCCACCUCAUUCGUCGUAUAGAUCCUACGCUGGAUAUCAAAUUUCCGAAGAUCAAUGGAAGAGACGAAAACAUAAUGAGCCGGACUCGGUGAAGACUGGGGACGAACGACAAAUAAUACGUGUUGCGCAACAGCAGCAUACACAGCAGCAACAGCAGCAUCAGUCAUCGGGAAAGCAGCAAUAUCAUUCGGUCGAGCCAGUUUCGCCGCCGGAAGCAACUACCAAUCAUUACGCACGUCGCUUGUACGAUUCGAGCACUGCCACAUCCACUUCCGGGACUCCCUCCAACAAGUCGCAUUCGACGCCGUACGACGUGUCGCCAUUCGAUUAUGUGAAAAACAAGAUAGUUGAGGUGAUGCGCACUGAGGACGACAAGGCCGGCGGUGGCGGCGGCGAUGGUGGUACGGGCGAUAGAAACGGAGGCGGUAAUUCCGUCGUUGUGUCUGAGAAGGAUGAAAAGGGGGUUGGUGCAGAGAGAAGCGUGGAGAGAAGCCCAUCGAGUGGUGGCGGAAGUGGCGGUGGCGGUAAUAGCGGAAGCAAUGAGAUGGUGGUCGACAAUACAGGUGGACCGAAUCCAACCACUCGUGAACAACCACCGCCGCCUCCUACGCCCGCAGCUACUACCACGUUUUAUCCAUUUAGUGCGUUAGGAGUGCACACAGGACCACCUCCGGCUCCGCCACCCGCCUCAGCUACAUCCGCCUCCGUGGCAAAAUCGGAACAGAUGCAAGCCGAGCCGGCGCCAUUGCUUUCCUCGCAAUACGAGCCGCUCUCGGAUGAGGAUUGAUAGUCUUCUAUAAUCGUUCAGCGCUGUAACUGUUCUUACGCUAAACUGGCAUAUACUAGUGCGACGAUGCACGGCUAUUAUGGAUGCAGAGAGAUGCUGUGACAUACGUCUUUUUAGGAUAUUUGCAGAUGAUCAUCGAUCGAAAUAAUGAUUAAUUAUAUUGGACGAUUUAUCGAUUAUAUUGGACGCUUUGCGGGCAAUCAGAAGCCACAUUGCGUUCUUGUCGGUCGCCAAAUCCUAAUCUAAUUUAAGAGACUUCUUUUUUUUAUAUAUACGCAUAUAUAUAUACAUACAUAUACAUAUAUAAAUAUAUGCAUAUGUAGAUAUAUAUAAAUAUGGAAAUUGCGAUCUCCGGCGAGAUAAAUGGAGAAAUAUGAUAUUUUAAACAGAGUCCCACACAUAUUGUUGUUUUACAAACUCUUUGUAAUUUCAUUGUAUUUUUAGUCAAAAAUCAUUCCCGCGUCACGCGAAGAAAGGUAAAUUUACGAAACGAAUACUUGGAUUUUAUUUGCCUUCUCGCGACGUUGCGCUGGUUUUCAGUUAAAUACAUAGCGACGAAUAGUUUUAUCUAAUAAUUAGUUAUUUGCGAUGUAUAAUUUAUAAUAUAAUACCGAUAUGGACAUAAAAGUUAUCUGUAUAAAUACAUACAUGUAUAUGUAUACGUCACGUGGAAAACUGAUUACAUUUGACCGCCGUGGUUUUGAUGGGCCCUUUUUUUUUAAAUCUCGCGAGUUAAUUGUACAGGUUCGGAAGUUUUAGUUUAGCGAAAUUUUAUGAGUGCGAUAGUUCUAAAGAAAAGAAAUCGUUACAUAACAUAAUUGUUAAAUAACAUGUACUCGCCUAUACAUAUACAUAUUUUUCACUUUUUAGGUUUUUCGAUACUCGCAAAUGUAUAUGUACGUUAGCGUUUCAUUUCGCAAAGGAAAUAAAUCGGGAUCGACACUCGAUAUAUAUCCAUUCUAUUUCAUAUAUGUACUAAUAUACCGAGUGCUCGAAGCUUUAGUCGUUCGAUCGAGGUGAAUUAUUAUUUUUUUAUGUUGACUUGGGCUUGAUCAGUCCGCAAAAAGACGUCGGUAUACGCGCAAGCAUCCGAUCUGUGAAACAUCUAGGUCUAUAUAUGUAUAUCCCAUGUUCACAAUACAGACGCUUCUUUUGUACAUAAAUGAAAAACAAAUAUAUGUAAUCGUUAAGCGGUAAUGUAAUAAUAUACAACGCUAAUGAGGGCGUGCGUGUUUUUAUUUGGAAUGAGUCUGUGAUGUAUCUGGGAUUAAUAGGUUCAACUGUGUUACAUACCAGUGCAAAGCAUAGCCUGUAGUUUGAACUGAAGAUGAGAAAGAAAGAGAGAGCAAGAGAGAAGUAAAGUGCAAGAAAUAUGGAGGAAAAUGCCGUACUACAUAUUCUGGCGUGGAUAAAUCGAGAUAUUCUGGCGACGUGAAUCAACUUUCGACGAUCGUUCUGAUCUUGGUGAGUUGGGUUUAAGAAAACAGGAAAAAAAUCGUAACACAAAGUGUAUUGUACAUAGUACAUAUUAAUUUCUAAGUUGAACAAGUAAUAUGGCUAGAUAAUCCGUACACGCUACUGUAUAAGAAAUUUAGGUUUAGCGAUAAAAUCGACGUAGUUAGUAUUUAGGAGUUUAAACAAACCACGAACUGAUUUUAGGGGGAAAAACUUUCUCCUGGACUUUAAUUAUUAAUAAAUGACGGCAAAAUAAAUAUGCAGGCGAUUAAA